CACGUUUCGGCCACUUCCCAAAGACCCAUAGAUUCAGCCUUAAACCCCCAACUCCCUCUCUCUCUCUCUCCGCCUCCCUUUAAAGACCAAAUCUCUCUCUUUUACUCUCUCUCUCUCUCUCUCUCUCUCUCUUUUCCUCUUUCCUCCAUUACAGAGCUCAACGGAGCUCUCUCUCCUUCUCAACGCACUCCUUUGGCCUCGGAGGGAUACAAGAAGGGAUAUUGAAGCUCUGAAAUCUAACCCGGAUACUCUGUUUUUCCAUUUUCCGGAUAUCAGAUCGGAUCGGAUCGGAUUCUAAAUUUUAAACGAUUCUUAAGAUGCAGACGACAAACGGCUCAGAUUCAGCGUUGGCAACUCCCGGAGCCACUCCUCCGAUUCAUCAAACGACUCCUCCGCCUCAGUGGCAGCAGCAACCGCAGCAGCAGCAACAGUGGAUGGCGGCCAUGCAGUAUCCGGCGGCGGCGAUGAUGAUGAUGCAGCAGCAACAGAUGAUGAUGUAUCCUCACCAAUACGUUCCUUACAAUCAAGGCCAUUAUCAGCCUCAUCCCCAGCUCCAAUACGCGGCUUAUCAGCAGCAUAAGCCACAUGACCGCGGAUCUGGAGAAGAUGUCAAGACUCUCUGGAUCGGUGAUCUUCUUCAUUGGAUGGACGAGACUUAUCUCCACACCUGCUUUUCUCACACCGGCGAGGUCUCUUCAGUGAAAGUGAUUCGUAACAAGCUAACUUGUCAGUCAGAAGGGUAUGGGUUCGUCGAGUUUCUUUCACGAGCUGCAGCUGAAGAAGUUCUUCAGACAUUUAGUGGCUCAGUGAUGCCAAACUCGGAGCAGCCUUUCCGACUAAACUGGGCAUCUUUUAGUACCGGUGAGAAGAGAGCAGUGGAGAACGGUCCAGAGCUCUCGAUAUUUGUUGGUGAUUUGUCUCCGGAUGUGACUGACACGUUAUUGCAAGACCUGUUUGUUGAGAGAUAUCCAUCUGUCAAAAGCGCCAAAGUUGUGAUCGAUUCCAACACCGGCCGGUCCAAAGGCUACGGUUUUGUCAGGUUUGGUGAUGAAAACGAGAGGUCAAGGGCCCUGACUGAGAUGAAUGGAGCUUUCUGCUCAAACAGGCAAAUGCGCGUUGGCAUCGCAACCCCGAAAAGAGCGGUUGCUAAUCAGCAACAACAUUCUUCACAAGCUCUGAUACUUGCUGGUGGACAUGGAGCAAAUGGUUACAUGGGUCAUCAUGGCUCGCAGUCUGAUGGCGAAUCAAACAACUCAACAAUAUUUGUUGGCGGACUUGACCCUGAUGUUACUGAUGAAGACCUCAGAGAACCUUUUCUCCAGUUUGGCGAGGUUGUUUCAGUGAAGAUUCCGGUAGGCAAAGGAUGUGGGUUUGUCCAAUUUUCUAACAGGAAGAGUGCUGAUGAUGCCAUCCAGAGUUUGAACGGGACAGUCAUCGGGAAGAACACUGUCAGACUCUCUUGGGGACGAAGCCCUAACAAGCAGUGGAGAGGAGGAGACUCAGGGCAGCAGUGGAAUGGAGGAUACUCAAGAGGACAAGGUUACAACAAUGGAGGAUAUGCUAACCACCACGACUCCAACACUUAUCCUGCUGAGACUUGAAGUGAUCAAUGAUCAUUGUGGUUUUAUUAAGCCUCUGUGAUUCACACAUCAAUCAAUUCGAAGCUAAACUUGUAGUCCAAAGGAGAGAAUUUUGUUAGAUGGAUUUGAUUUUAAUAGACUUUGUUGUUGUUUCGAGAUUCAUAAUUUUUGGUUACUGGUUUUGUCUCGUCUCAGACUAAUUAUAUUAAUGGUUGUGCUUGUUUUGAUCAUCAUUUUCGUUAACGUUUUUAUAACAGCUCCAUAAAUAAAGACCAAAAAUUUACUUUUUAAAA